AUGUAUAGCACUUACAUCACACAUAACGCCUCAUCUGUAUCACAGUUGCAAGAUGCCACACCUGUAACACAGUUGCACGAUGCCACACAUGUACGACAGUUGCAAGACGCCACACCUGUACCACAGUUGCAAGACGCCACACCGGUUCCACAGUUGCAAGACGCCACACCUGUUCCACAGUUGCAAGACGCCACACCUGUUCCACAGUUGCAAGACGCCACACCUGUACCACAGUUGCAAGACGCCACACCUGUUCCACAGUUGCAAGACGCCACACCUGUUCCACAGUUGCAAGACGCCACACCUGUUCCACAGUUGCAAGACGCCACACCUGUACCACAGUUACAAGACGCCACACCUGUACCACAGUUGCAAGACGCCACACCUGUACCACAGUUGCAAGACGCCACACCUGUUCCACAGUUGCAAGACGCCACACCUGUACCACAGUUACAAGACGCCACACCUGUACCACAGUUGCAAGACACCACACCUGCACCACAGUUGUAA